GCUGCCGGGGGCUGGGCAUAGUGCGCAGGCGCGGGUUGCAGUGUCGUACAUGAGCCAGCCGGUGAACCGAGUGCCAAUGAGCCGCGCUUUUGGUUCCUUUCUCUGGACUGGGAAUCUGAGAUGAGGUUGGGUUCAUUUUAAUAACAUUGACGUGUCAGAAGAAAGGGAGUCAUGGCAACACCCCCAGUGCCUGGUACCGGGAUGCCUGGAGCAUUUUCUGGACCCCAGGGCCAGGCUGGUCGUGAAGUUAAUACAGCUUCCCUCUGCCGAAUUGGACAAGAGACUGUGCAAGACAUUGUCUCGAGAACCAUGGAGAUAUUCCAGCUUCUAAGGAACAUGCAGUUGCCAAAUGGUGUAUCAUAUCACGCUGCCACCCAUCAGGAUAGGCAGGGGAAGCUGCAAGAGCACCUUCGACAGCUCUCUGUGCUGUUCAGGAAGUUGCGACUAGUCUAUGACAAAUGUAAUGAAAAUUGUGCUGGCUUAGAUCCUGUCCCGAUGGAGCAACUCAUUCCUUAUGUGGAAGAUGAUAAUACAAAACAUGAAGACCGUAGCUUGUUGAAUCAACUCCGCUUAGCAAACGAAGAGAGGCGGGAAAUUGUGGAGGUAAAUAAGAACCUCAAACUGAAAAACCAGCAACUGAAGCAAAUAAUGGAUCAACUCCGGAACCUGAUAUGGGACAUUAAUGCAAUGUUAGCAAUGAGAAACUAAGUCAAACAAUUCUUUUAGUAUUUUUGACUGAAUGUAUGCCAGUCAUGGCAAUAAUCAGAGCCAGCACUUGCUAGCCAAGGUUGAUGGCUGGUGUGCAGUUUUAAGUCUUUGUGCAAAAGAGAAUCUGCACAGAAGAGCAUAUCCAGAGCUGAAGGUCACUUUCUGAUAAAAUAUUAAUUUUAGAAACUUAUUAAUCUAUUUGUGUAGCAAAUACCAGGUUUCUCCAUGUUGACACAGUAUAGGGUAGACACCUUAAACUGCAGGGAAUUUAGUACACUGCUAAAACAGGGAAUUGUGACAACUAUGUGGUUGGCUCUGACCUGUAUUCCAAUCCAACAAAGCUGAUUCUGGAGCCAAGGAAUUAGUGUGUUUUACCUUUUUUGGCCUAAAACAGGUUUGUGUUUGCUUUAAAUUUUGAGAAUUCACCUUACAUUUGUAGCUGAGCCUUUUGUUUAUUAGUGUACUGUUCAGAUUUUAAGAUCUACAAUGUCCACUGCUGCUGUCUUUAAAAUUGGACAUGCUCUACAACUUUUUAAACUUUAACUGAAUGUAGAGAACUUAAAGCCUAAUCCAAGUAUAGACUUUUCAAUGCAUCAACCUCGUAGUUCUGUAAAACACUGUUCUUAAACCUAUGCAUAGAAAUUCUGAUUAGUUGAAUGAUGUUGUUCCAGCUGGUUCCUUUUAUGAAGAAGUUGUAUACUUUUGAAAAAUCAUUGAAAAAUUAAUGUUUUUGUCACAGCUGCAAAUCUUUAUUUUGGUAAUUGUAUAUCUAGGUUGAUUUCUUCCAGGGUACUGUAAAAAUAUUUAAGGUUUACAAAAGCAAUCUGGGUUUUUGGAAUGGUACGAGCAAUUGACUGACAUUUUAAUGUAUCCACAGUAGUUGAAUUCUGAAAAUUACUAUGCAGGGUACAAGGCAAUAAGUCAAAUGUACAGGGUUUAGAUGGCAAUGUGAACUACAGGAAGAAAUAGUCUUAUUAGCUGGGCCUGCAACAUAAAUUUUACCCAUGAAAUCAGUUAUAUUUUAAAAUAGUGAUAAUUGUAAUUUUAUUGGAAUUUUAGUUUUUAGGGAGGAAACAAUACUAGCUGCCAAUGCUGACUGUGUUGAUACAGGAAGAUGAUCUGCUGAGAGAAGUAAUGACUGGGACCAACACCUCCUGUUUAUUGAGAUAAAGUUUCCACUUUAUUAAUGAGAAGUUCAAUGUCCAGUGUGUCAGAUUUUGUUUUAAAUAUUAAACAUUUGAAUUCUGAAAGCUUUUUAAAUUAUUAUUAGUUUGAUAAAAUGUGUUCCCUACAACAGUCUCAUCAAAUAUAAAGUUUUAAUUUGCAGGUACUUCAUCUUAUGAUGCAGUAGGGAGAAUAUUU